AUGGACGCCGCAACAUCCGCAGUCAACAAGCUCCUGUACGGCAACUCCGGCAAGGAGGCAGACGCGGAACCGACACCACCGCCUGCCUCCUCCACCAAUGCUGUCCCUGACCGAACUAACGAAGUCGCUAGUUCCGGUGCAGGAGAGAAGGACACAACCGUCGAGCGCGAAGUCGCCCCAGCUGUCGAGCAUGAGACGGUGAAGAAGGAGCACGAGACCAAGGAGCAGACCGUCAUCGACCGCGAGCGCCACCAACACCACUACCACACCACUGUCCAACCACUCAAGGACCAGGACGUCGAGGCCACCAAGCACACCCACGAGCAAGCCGCAACACAGGAGCGUGUCAUUGACAAGGACACCGAGGGCGAGCAGGUCAAGGCCCGUGUUGACGCUAGGGAGGGCGCUUUCGGUGACAAGACUGUUGAGGCUGCGACCAAGGAGACAAAGACUGAUGAGGGUGCUGUUGUGGGCGAGAAUGUGCACCACCACUUGCACGAGACUAUCCAGCCAGUCAUCGAGAAGGAAACCAUCGUCCCCUCAGUAACCCACAAGACCAUCCCCGUGCACGAAGUCAUCAACGAAGGCACCAAGGACCACGGCGUCACCAAGAAGGAAGCAAUCUCCGUCGACGAGUUCAAGCACAAGCUUGAUGGCGAGAAGACUGUUGAGGUCAAGAAGGAUACCGCCGAUGUGAAGGUCUAA